AUGAUCGAAUUAAAUAUUUAUAGUUUUACAUUGAUUUUAAUUAUAAUUUUAAUUUUGUUCGCGGUGUUCACGCGACUGCGAAAACCAUUGGAGUACCGAACGCUCUCAUCGCACAUGCCAUCUCUCACAAAAUCCCUUUGGAGCGAAAUAUUGUUUUCGUGGUCCAUGGCGAUGAGACACCCCAGAGAACUGUUGCCGUAUUUCAUGGAGGUAUUAAAACAAAACGGAUCAGCAGUUCAUUUAAAUCUUGUUGGUCGGUCAUACGUAAUAAUCAACGAUCCAGAAGAUAUAAAGAUUGUUUUGUCCAGUUCACAAUAUAACUACAAAGGUAAUGAAUAUAACAUGAUGAGACCUUGGCUAAACGACGGCCUUUUAUUAAGCUCAGGUUCAAAAUGGCAUAAUCGUCGAAAGCUCCUUAGUCACACUUUUCACCUAAAAACAUUAGAAAUGUAUAACAUUUCUUUCAAUAAACAUUCGCGGAUAUUAGCGAAAAAAAUAUCAGAAGCAUCCGCAAACAAUGAAGAAAUAUCUAUCACGGAAUACAUAACGUUGUGUUCUUUAGACAUGAUUUGUGAAACAAUCAUGGGUGUUGAAAUGAAUGCUCAAGAAGGUAAAUCCAUGCAAUACGUUCGAUCUAUUAAAGGUGCCUGUAGAGCAGUUAUUGAUAGAGUAUUCAAAUUUUGGCUAUGGAAUGAUACAAUUUACAAAUUCACCGGAAGUGGUCGAUCGUUCUACAAAUCAAUCAGAGUGCUACAUGAUUUUACCGAAAACGUCAUUAAGAAUAAACAAACAUUAUUAAAUAACACGGACGGUCAAAACAUGCUGUCUGAAAUUAAACCACACGGGAAAAAGCAAACUAAAUCAUUCUUGGAUCUACUUCUAAACGUAUUAAAAGAAAAUCCUAAUCAGAUGACCGAUAGUGGCAUUCGAGAAGAAGUGGAUACCUUUCUUUUUGAAGGUCACGACACGUCAUCAUUAGCGAUAACGAUGGCUAUAGUACUCCUAGGGAUUCAUCAGGACAUACAAGAUAGAGCCAGGGAAGAAGUACUGGAAAUCAUCGGUGACUCGGAUAGAGACGUGACGAUGGAAGACCUCAAUUCCAUGAAAUAUUUAGAAGCAAUAAUCAAAGAAACACUUCGACUUUAUCCAAGUGUACCUGUUUUUACGAGACAACUAGAAACCACGUUAAAUAUCAAGAACUAUAUUAUUCCCCCAAAGACAACAAUUGUAAUAUACCCUUAUAUUCUACAUCGCACAGAAGAAAUAUAUCCAAAUCCUGAAGAGUUUAUUCCUGAAAGAUUUUUAAACGAAGAUAAUAAAUCAAAAUUCUUAUUUGGUUAUUUGCCAUUCAGUGCUGGUCCGAGAAAUUGCGUUGGACAAAAGUUUGCUAUGCAUCAAAUGAAAAUACUUAUAUCAACGAUUCUACGAAAGCUGAAAAUCGAAACCUUAGGAAAAAAAGAAGACAUUUUAAUCAGCGCACAAGUUAUAACUAGAAUAGAAUCACUUCCGAAAAUAAAAUUUUAUAAAAUAUAAUCUUUGGAGUUUAUUCCUGCAAUA